GACCUCCCUGUACAACGACGAACAAGAUUAUGGUCAAACUUGAUGCUCAAUAGAGAUGAUCAUUGCUCCUCAAUAUAAAAGGCUUACGGGGCCUCUGAACGAUAUCAGUUCUGAAUUAGCCUUUUACUAAUCAAGAGCCUACUACCAACAUGUUCAAAUUCGUUGCUUUGGCCGUUCUCUUGGCUCUUGCCUCUGCCGAUCACAUCGAUAAGGAUGCCCAAAUUCGUAGCCAAGCCAGUGAUGUAAGCCCAGAUGGUUCAUAUGCCUGGUCUUUCGAAUCCUCAAACGGAAUUGCCGCUCAAGAACAAGGAGUUGGUGGAGUCCAAGCUGCUGGUGCUUCAUCCCACGUUUCCCCCGAAGGAACCCCAAUCCAAUUGACCUACACUGCUGAUGCUGAUGGUUUCCACCCAGCUGGUGCUCAUCUUCCACAAGCCCCAGAAAUCCCAGCUGCCAUUGUCCGCUCAUUGGAAUGGAAUGCCGCCCAUCCACAAGAGGAACAACCACAAGGACAACCAAUCCGCCGAUUCUAAAAAGUCAUGAUUGUAGUGUAACAUAAAUAAAUUGAUGAUUAGGUUUAGCUGAGAA